CUUACUUUUUAGUUUUCUUGCUCCUUUUUUACCUCUUGUUUUAUUCUUUUUCAACCUCAAAGUUCGGAUUUUUUUUAUAUAUUUUUUUAAUCCUUCUUGUCUGUACAUUUCGUUGCCUGUAUGAUCUGAUGCUUCUGGAUAUGGGUUUGAUCUCUUUAGUAUUAAACAUGUUAUGAAUUAUUGGAAUUUGGGGUUGAAUUUUGUUGAUCACCGCCAGUGAAAUUGUAACGGAAAAUUUAGGAAAACCCACCGCUUGUUUGUUGACAAAAAUCGAUGCAAAGAAAAGAAAAUCAGCUUUUGAAUCAACGGUUAUGCGUUAUCCGUGUCAUCUAAAGAAUGAAAAUUUCAGUAGUUUUUAAUCGAAAUUUUUGUGUUUGGUUCAGUAGAAUUGAGGUAUUUUUUUGUCUGAAGUUCUGGAUGAGUUUUUUUUUUUUUCCUUCUAUUACCUAAAUUUUCUCUGCAACCAAACAGAGUGAGGAGAAAUUUUUCAUUGGUUUGGUUCAAAUUUAAUUAAUGGGAAAUGCGAAAGACACUGUUGAUGUGUUUUUUUCCUGCCUGUAGGCAAUUCAGCUGAUGAGGAUAUAUUUUUUUCUUCUUCUAUUUCCUAAAUUUUCUCUGCAACCAAACAGAGUGCAAGGGGAAAAUUUUCAUGGGUUUGGUUCAUAUUUAAUUGUUGUAAAAUCCAAAAGACUGUUGAUGUAUUGUUUUUUUCUCUGCCUGUAGAUAAUUCAACUGAAAACUGCACAUGGAUAAUGUUUUAGGGCAAGAUUUGAUUAGUGGUAUGCCUCAAAGUAUUAUAGAAACCAUCCUAACAAAGCUUCCGAUAAGGGAUGCAGUAAGAACAUGCAGUUUAUCAAGUAAGUGGAGGUAUAAAUGGGCUAACCUUACUCAACUUGUAUUUGAUGACAAGUGUGCAAUGCUUUGUAAUGACAAAGGAGCUGUCGAGGACAGCCUUGCAAAGUUCAUUACUCGGUUUCUUUUUCUUCAUGAUGGACCAAUUCACAAGUUCAGUUUGUCUAGCACAUACUUGCAAAGCUCACCCGAUAUAGAUCAAUGGCUGCUUUUUCUAUCAAGGAAUGAUAUUAAAGAAUUGAUUCUUGAAUUAGGAGAAGGCGAGUGGUUUAGGGCUCCUUCUUGUCCUUUCUCCUGUCGAAAAUUGACUCGUUUGGAGCUAAUUCGAUGUGAGUUGGACCCUCCUUCGACUUUUAAAGGAUUCUUAUGUUUGAAAUACCUCAAUCUUCAACAAGUUUUAAUUGCCCCCGAUAUUGUUGAAAGUCUCAUAUCAAGUUGCCCUCUUCUUGAGAGUCUGACGUUAUCGUACUUUGAUAGUUUAGCUCUUACUAUCUGUGCUCCGAAUCUCAAAUACUUGUGUCUGGAAGGCGAAUUUAAAGACAUAUGUCUCAAAAAUACCCCACUUUUGCUUACUAUAUCUGUUGCUAUGUAUAUGACUGAUGAUAUUGCCGAGCAUUUUGAACAAAGUUCAAGUUGCAACUUUGAUAAGUUUCUUGGCGGUGUACCAUGCCUUGAGAGACUUAUUGGACAUAUUUACCUCACCAAGUAUUUGAGUAUAGGUAACGACCUAGGAAAACUUCCAGUUGCAUAUAACCAUUUAAAAGUUAUUGAAUUGUAUCAAGUGAGUUUCGAGGACAUGAAAGAGAUACUGGUGGUUCUUCGUUUGAUUGUUAACUCCCCUUGUUUACAAGAACUUCAAAUCUCGGGUUCAUCAAAUACAUCAACUGCAACAGAAGCUCCUGAUUUGGAUUUUUGGGAGAAAGAAUGCCCGUCUGAUUGCACAUUCAGUCUGCUUGAAACUGUGAAGAUGACAGAUAUGUCUGGUGUGCCACAUGAGAUGGAAUUCAUCAAAUUUAUACUUAGAAACUCACCAAUGCUCGAGACAAUGAGCAUUACACCUAGUGUAUAUGUUACAGAUGGAAGAUUGAAUAUGUUGAUUGAGUUGGUGAGGUUUCGAAGGGCUUCUGCACAAGCUGAAAUCAUCUUCAUCCAAGAUUGAUAUGUAAAAACUGUUUUUCUUACAUGAAGUCUCUUUGUUUUGUGUUUGUUUUC